AUGUCGCCGUCCGCGACUUGCGAGGGGCUCGGCCGUGUCCGCUACCUGCCCCUGAGAUUCGACGGCGCCAACUCACAGGCUUCUGCGCUGAAGCUCAUCACAACGCUCAUGCCGGAAUGGUCAAGUACUGACUCCAACAUUGAGUUCAUUCGCUUCACCGACGGCAUCACAAACACACUACUCAAGGCAGUGAACCGACGUCCAGGGCUCACAAAGGCCCAGGUGGACGAGGAAGCAGUGUUACUGCGCGCCUAUGGGAGCGGGACGGACAUCUUGAUUGACCGUGAACGCGAGGUCUCCAACCAUGAGCUGCUCAUGAGGCAUGGGCUGGCGCCCGAGUUGCUGGCGCGCUUCGAGAACGGAAUGUUGUAUCGGUUCAUCCCUGGCACGCCCGCCCAGAUGCAGGAUCUCAAGGAACCAGCCAUUCUCAAAGCCAUCGCACGAAGACUGGCCGAGUGGCACGCGACGGUGCCUUGCAUUUUCGGCCAACCCCCGGUCCACGGGAAACAGAACGGGAUGCGGAACGGUUUCCAGAAUGGGUACGGCGAUAACGAAGUCGAGAGGACCAUCCGGAACGCCGCGCCAGGAAAGCCUUUCCCAAACCUAUGGACCACCAUGCAGAAGUGGAUCUUUGCCUUGCCGACAGGGACAGAGGAAGAACGUUCGCGGCAGGCGCUGCUACAGCGCGAGGUGGAAGAGUUGAUCGAGAAGCUCAGCCAACGUCCAGGACUGGGCCAUAACGGGCUUGUCUUUGCCCAUUGCGACCUCCUAUGUGCCAACGUCAUCAUGCACCGUGAGGAGGACCAAAGUGCCACGGUGAGUUUCAUCGACUACGAGUAUGCCACGCCAUCGCCUGCCGCCUUUGACGUGGCCAACCACUUCGCUGAGUGGGCAGGAUACGACUGUGACUACGCUGCUGUCCCCACAGUCUCCCAGCGCCGAGAGUUCAUCCACGAGUACAUCGGCACCUACAUCCAGCUCCUACCCGAGGAGGAACGAUGCCAGCUCGACGCCGCGGAGGAGGAGCGCAAGUUGAUGGAUGAAGUCGACGCCUUCCGUGGCGUACCGGGCUUCUACUGGGGCAUCUGGUCGUCGAUCCAGGCGACGAUUUCGGACAUUGACUUUGACUACGCCACGUACUCGGAGCUCCGUUUAGGCGAAUACUGGGCUUGCAAGGCUGAGCAAGAUGGCAGCCGCGCGGGGCAGGGGCUGCAGAUGCCGUUGAGAGAGGAAACGUGGUCGCGAGAUGAGCCGUCGCGCAACGGCACGGCGGGCGCAUAA